CGUCUCAGUGGAGCACGUUGUUGAUUGUAACGAGAAAUAAUAGGCGUAAUUGACAAAAUAUAGCACUUUUUAGAAUAAAUAUAUUACUCGUAAUUUAUUGCAUUAUAUUGGGAUACGCGCAAAAUGUCGGGAUUUGAUGAUCCAGGAGUGUAUUACAGUGACAGUUUUGGUGGAGAAAGCAUUGGCGAUGAGGGGGUCGUCAAACGCAGUCAGAUCAAAAAGAGGUUUCGGGAGUUUUUGAGGCAGUUUAGAGUCGGUACCGAUCGCACGGGAUUCACUUACAAAUACAGAGAUGAGCUCAAGAGGCAUUACACCCUGGGAGAAUACUGGAUUGAGGUGGAGAUGGAGGACCUGGCCAGUUUUGAUGAAGAUCUUUCAGACUGUCUUUACAAACUGCCCACCGAGAACUUGCCUUUGUUGGAAGAGGCGGCGCAGGAAGUGGCCGAUGAGGUCACACGCCCGCGUCCUGUAGGAGAAGAGACCGUGCAGGACAUACAGGUCAUGCUGAAGAGCGACGCCCACCCGUCCAACAUCCGCAAUCUGAAGUCGGAGCAGGUGUCGCGUCUUGUGAAGAUUCCCGGUAUAAUCAUAUCCUCCACGGCAGUGAGGGCCAAAGCCACCAGAGUUUGUCUGCAGUGCCGUGGCUGCAGGUCUGUCAUCAGUAACAUUCCUCUGCCUCCGGGACUGCAGGGUUACGCUCUUCCCCGCAAGUGUAACACCGAACAGGCGGGUAGCGUCAAGUGCCCCGUGGAUCCGUAUUUCAUCAUUCCGGACCGAUGCCUCUGCGUUGAUUUCCAGACUCAGCGUCUGCAGGAAGCCCCCGAUGCCGUUCCUCACGGAGAGAUGCCGCGACACAUGCAGCUCUACUGCGACAGGUACCUGUGUGACCGUGUGGUACCAGGAAACAGGGUAACCGUCAUGGGCAUCUACUCCAUCAAGAAGGUGGCCCAGACCAAAAACAAAGGGCGUGAUAUGGGAGCAGGCGUUGGCAUCCGACUGGCAUACCUGCGAGUCGUUGGCAUCGAAGUGGAUACUGAAGGAGCAGGUCGUGGAGCCGCUGGAUCAGUUUCACCCCAGGAGGAAGAGGAGCUGAGGUCUCUGGCUUCCUCUCCCUCCGUCUACGAUUCCCUCGCUCGCUCUCUCGCCCCGUCCAUCUAUGGAAGCGAUGACCUGAAGAAAGCCAUAGCGUGUCUUCUUUUCGGAGGCUCCAGAAAGAGGUUGCCUGAUGGUCUGACGCGCAGAGGCGAUAUUAAUCUGCUGAUGCUCGGAGAUCCAGGAACAGCCAAGUCUCAAUUGCUGAAAUUUGUGGAAAGAUGUUCUCCGAUUGGGGUCUACACCUCUGGUAAAGGCAGCAGUGCAGCCGGUCUGACCGCCUCGGUGCUGCGAGACCCUCACACUCGUGGUUUCAUCAUGGAGGGAGGUGCCAUGGUGCUGGCUGAUGGCGGUGUGGUCUGCAUCGAUGAGUUUGACAAGAUGAGAGAAGAUGAUAGAGUUGCUAUUCACGAAGCCAUGGAGCAGCAGACCAUCUCUAUCGCAAAGGCUGGAAUCACAACCACUCUGAACUCUCGCUGCUCUGUGCUGGCCGCCGCCAACUCUGUGUUCGGUCGCUGGGACGACACGAAAGGAGAAGACAACAUCGAUUUCAUGCCUACCAUCCUGUCUCGAUUCGACAUGAUCUUUAUCAUCAAAGACCAUCACGACCAACAGCGAGACAUGACGUUGGCUCGGCACGUGAUGAACGUUCACCUGAGCGCUCAGACCCAGAUGGAGGGUGUGGAAGGAGAGAUUACUCUGGCCACGAUAAAGAAGUACAUCGCCUACUGCAGAACAAAAUGUGGACCUCGUCUGUCGGCGGCGGCAGCGGAGAAGCUGAAGAACAGAUACGUUCUGAUGAGGAGCGGUGCGAAGGAGCACGAGAGAGAGACCGAUAGACGUGCUUCCAUCCCCAUCACUGUCAGGCAGCUUGAGGCUGUUGUGCGUAUUGCGGAGUCUCUUGCUAAAAUGAAGUUACAGCCCAUCGCUGGCGAAGAAGAGGUGGAUGAGGCUCUGAGGCUAUUCCAGGUGUCCACACUGGACGCGGCCCUCUCCGGCAGUCUCUCUGGUGUGGAGGGAUUUACGACCCAGGAAGAUCAGGAGAUGAUCUCUCGCAUAGAGAAACAGCUGAAGAGACGCUUCGCCAUCGGCUCCCAGGUGUCUGAACACAGCAUCAUACAGGACUUCACCAAACAGAAGUAUCCAGAACACGCCAUUCACAAAGUCCUUCAUCUGAUGAUGAGGAGGGGAGAACUGCAGCAUCGUAUGCAGAGGAAAGUCCUGUACAGGGUCAAGUAGAGAAAUGUUUUUUGUCGGAGAAUAACCUGAACGUCUGUUGUUUAAAAGCAGAUAGAUAGUGAGAUGGGAUGCAUCACAAAAAUGUUGUGUUUCUUGUAUAUAGUUUCCUUGCUUUACAUAUACAUUAAAUAUAUCAACUUCCUGCAAGUGCAUGCAGGAUUGGUUCAAAGUUGUCACAAGAUUUUGCUGUGUAAUGUGGUUUAUUAAGUCCUCGGAAAGUGAAAAUCUUUCAUUUGAUCCGGUCUUUAAAAACAUUUUGUACAACUUAAAUGUUGUUU